GGUUUGUCACUGACUCAGUAGUAUCACAGCAGUCGGCCCAAACGGCAGCGCUGAACGCACAAACGCGUGCACGCACGCAGACACAGCUAGAGUGAGGACGUAAAAAAAAGCGAGUUGCAACAGAGAAGCAGAAAAAUCUUCAGCUAGCGAUUCUUCUCACAGUCUGCCAGUUGUUCUGCAUCCCUGAUAUGACCCUGUUCAGCCCAAGAUACACGAGCAUGAGUGGAGAGUUGAAGUCCAGCCGCUCCAGGGCAGCAAGUAAGAGGGCCAGCAACACCACUUAUGGAUCUGAGUUCGACCUGGACUAUGACAGCUAUCACGAGGACUACUACGACAGGGUGUAUGACUACCAGCGUGUGCCAGCAUCCCUGUCUCCUUUACCCCUGGGACCCAGUCUGGCCAAGCGAUCCCGUUCCUCCUCCUACUCCUCCGGGCACAGACGCAGUCGAGACAGAACCCACUCCAAAAGCUCCAGAGCCCACUCUACCAGUUCAACCACAGCCAAGUUGGGCAUGGAGGAGUUGCAGGUGAUUAAAAAGGAGCUGACUCUGAUAAAGACACAGAUCGAUGGUCUGCUUGACAGUCUUGACAGGAUGGACACACAGAGGAAUGACCACAAAGGGUCCCCCCUGAGAGAGGACAGUCCAGCUGGCUCCCCGUACGCUCUGUCAGCCAGCAGCCCAGAGCAUUCCCUGUCCUCCCUCUCUCCACCCAGCUCCCGCCAUCGAAUCCACAGGGAGAGCCCUGGCCUGAGGGAGCCCGAUGAUGACCACCACACGAUGAGCAACCACAGCUCUGACCCUGAGGAGGAAAUAUGAGUUAGGAAAAUGAGAAGACGUAGGGGACGUGGAUUAAGUGCCAAACACUGCGGAAGAGAACAACAACCACCAAGCCAGCGCUCAUAUCAGAGGCUUCAUUCUCCAACAGGGUGUAGAUAUCAAAUAACACAACACAUUUAAUUGUAUCUCAGCAGCUUGGUUUCUGUGACUGUAUUUUAAAGUAAAACAAAAAAAAAAACCUGAUACAGGUGAUUUAUACACACACAUACAUGUGCAUCUGACUGACAGAAAUCUGAGAGUGUGAGAGGGAGUGAUCUUAUAGAAAGUAACUGCAAAGAACAGGUUCAUUUAACCUGAAUCCAUUCUGCCGUAUGUGGGUUUCUACAAACACAAAUAUUCCAGUAUUAAUCCAAAUGAGACAAUAGAGUUCUCUGAUUAAAAUAUUAUGUAAGCAGCUUACCAGUUUAUCUUAUUCACAGUAAAGUCCUCUUCUGAAAACAGGCAGCAUAUGCCAUUAUUGGACUACAUAAUAAUUUAUGUGAAGUCAUGGCAUUUUGCUUGAAGUGCAAAAAUGUUUCUGCUGCUUCAACAGUUUCACCCAAAAAAGAAACAGCAAAGUGAUAGAACAUUAAAGGAAAAAUUAAAGCAUUUACUCCUCUCUUUUAAAAUGAACAUGCUCCUGUUUAUGAAAGACCUUCAAUUAGAUAAUACACAAAGAAUAUAAUACCAGAAACAUUAAUGAAUCAUGAGUUUUUCAACAGCUUACUUAAUUGUUAUUAUCAAUUUCUGAAUAAGGUUAAAACUGGAAUAUUGUGUUAAACUACUCAAGGUAAAUUACAGUAACAGGAGGGUAAAGGAGUUAGUUUUGUAAGUUUCUGAGUGUUAAUCUGAGAGAAAUGUUAGACAAAUGACCUUGUUCCAUCACUCCUUUUAGAAGUACAAGUACUUUCUCUACUUUAAAUGUAUUAGAGGAAUGUUGCAACUCUCUUCCACCAUGUAUUUGGUACUUAACGAUGUGCAAAGGCCCAGGUCAGUGUGUAAUAUUGUGUAUUAUUGUAAAACUUUACUGUAAUUGUUCAGCUGUCUGGUUUUAAUCUUGCUUUAGGACUUCUAUGUUUUUUUUAAGAAAUCAAUGAUGUUAUUAUAAUUCUUAUGGUGUUACAUGUUUUUGUUUGCAAUCUUCAGAUAAGCCAAGUGGAAAUACUCAUUGUCACAGUAGUAAAAGUAUUUUCAUAUUGACUCUAAA